CACAAAUACCUUCCAACUGCUUGCACAAGUGAAAUCAAGUGGGCAAUCGCAUCUGGAAGUACGACAGGAAGCACUACCCCGGAACCAGUCUUUGUUGCCGUCAAGCUGCCACCAGAGCUGGUCAUGCCAGCCCGGACGAGUGAGACAGUGCGCCACGAUGUCUGAGGUUGGCGACUCGGAGGGCUCUCAUGAGGUUGGCUCUGUUGAUGGGUCCAUCUCCACCCCCAACUCCCCCGGGUCCCUUUCUGAAGGUGAGGUCGGUGCGUCGGUGCGGACCAACAUUCCGGAUGAAGCAAGUGAAGUGCUGGCCAGCCUGAGGCAGUAUGGCGCGGAGGAUGGAGAUGCAGCAACGGAGGGGAGUGAGGGUGGCAAGGAGGAGAGCAACUCCCCUUCACAGGACGGCGUGGACGGAGGGGGACAGGGGGUACUGCUGAGCUCGUCCAUAGACUUUGGGACAGAUUCGGAGGCAGAGGAACGGGCGAAACACCGCUUCUUUGACAAGCUAGAGCGGCAGGGGAUGGCCAGUAGUGCCGCCCCGACACCUGCCAGCAGCAGCGCUGCCCGGCCCGGCCACCCUCCGCCCCCACCAGGGCCUGCGCCAGCUGUGCAUACCGCCCAGAAGGGGCCUCAGCAAGAUGCUUUGCCUUAUUUUGGAACAGGGAAAGCACCGACUGCCACCUUCGAGGCCAAGAAACAACAUGUUGGGCUGCAGGAUGGGGCCCCUGCCAGUGCCCCCACCACACACGGCGAACUGGCGGGGAGCGUGCAUAAGGAAAGCUUUGCAGCAGCCAGCUUGAAUGGGCACCCUGCAGCGGUUGCCCCUGCUCCGUCUGCGCAGGUGAUUCGCCCUCCGGUGCAGGCGGACGUGGUGCCCCCUGCGGCUGUGCUGUGGGGGGGGCCGUCCCAGAUGAUGCGGAGCAGCUUCCCCCUGGCAGGCCACCCCCAAGCGGCCCUUGAGCAGCUGCGGCCCCAGCCCCUGCAGAUUACUGACUCCGCGCUGGGGGGCCCCAGGGAGUCUCCCGUCAAGAGCACUCCAGGGUCCAGAGCCCGGCCAUCAUCAACAGAGAGCCGCCGGCAGAGCGCUGUGGGCGGCAGCGGGCGGCUGGGGGCCGUGGCAUCGGGCAACCUGGGCAGCCGCGUGGAGGAGCUGCGCGCCCAGGUGGCCGAGGAGAGGGCCGCCCGCCAGGCCAUGCAGCAGCGCCUGAGCGACUGCAAGAAGGAAGCGGAGCGCAACGAGAAGAGAGUGCGAGAGGAGCUAGAGGCUCGGGUGCGCGAAGCGCAGCGCGCUCGCACCGCCCUGGAGCAGCGGGUGGCCGAGCUGGAGGGUGGUAGCGCGCGGGAGCGCGUGAUGCGGGCGGGCGGCGAGGUGGUGCUGGCGGGGGAGGAGCUGCGCGCGCUGCGGCAGGAGGUGGUGGAGCAGGAGGGCCUGCUGCGCGGGUACCAGGCGGAGAACGAGAAGCUGGUGGAGCGGCUGCGCGAGGUGCAGGCGGGGCACAAGGCGGAGAGGGAAGCCGCGCAGCGCGAGCACGAGCGGCUGGCAGGCCACCUCGCACAGGUCGAGAACGAGGGCCACGGGCAGCAGAGCCGCGCAGAUGCCGCCACCCACCUCCAGAGGAUCCUGCAGCUGGAGGCGGAGCUGGAGUCUGUGAGGAGCGCCGCUGCGAGCCGCGAAGUGGAGCUCAAGUUCGAGAUCGACCGUGCGCGGCAGGGGCGCAAGGAGCUUGAGGCGCGCUUUGCGGGACUGGACCCCCACAAGAUGGCGCACGAGGACCAGGCGCUCGCGGCAGCCAACCAGGCGCUGGCGGCGGAGCGCGAGGCGCGCGGCCGGGAUGUGGCUCUGCUGGAGAGCAAGCUGCGGUGGUACACUGAGAACCAGGCGAUAGUGACGGAGCAGGACGAGACCAUCAAGAUGCAGGCUGCGCGCAUCGUGGAGCUGGAGGCGCUGCUCCGCGCUGCGUCCUCGGGCAGUGCGGCCCCCUCCACUGUGGAGGCGGCCAGCAAGGCGCGCACCGCGGCAGUGGCCCCCGCCAAGGCGGCCGCCAGGAUCCGCCAGCUCGAGAAGCAGGUGAAGGAGCUAGAAGCGUCUCUUGCUGCUCAGCGUGCUGAUCCAAACUCUCUUACCGCUCUCAUCCAAGCCACGCGCGGCCCGGAUGACGCGGCGACCCUGGCCCUGCGGGCGGAACUGGAGCAGCUGCGCGCGGCGCAUGCCAGCAAGGACGACGACGCCAGCAAGGCACUGCGCGGGCUGCGCCAGGAGCACGAGCGCAUCAAGCGGCAGUACGAGGAGCGGCUGCGGGCGGCGCAGGCCCAGCUCGCGGAGCGCGCCGCCAAGAAGGCGGACCGCGAGCGCGGGGGCAGCGCGGGGCGCGUCAAGGAGCUGGAGAAGCAGGUCGAGGACCUGCGCGGCUUCUACACCAAGAAGGUCAAGGAACUGCAACGGAAGCUGGAGGAGGCGGGGCGAGCGGCGGCCAAGCCGGCGGAGGAGGGUGGCAGCGGCACGCCUGUCAGGACGCCGGGGACGGCGAACGGCGGCCGCGGCGCGGGCCUGGCCAAGGAGCUGGCGCGCGCCAAGGAACGCAUUACCCAGUUGGAGGACGUCCUGGCGCGUAAGGAGGCCGCGCUGGCAGCCCUACAGGCCGCGCCCAAUGCUGCCCAGGGUGCGGGCGCGCACAAGUUCACGGGCGCGGAAGCGGUAGGUGCGCUGCACACGGAGGUGGAGGCGCUUCGCGGCCAGAACGAGCAGUUGCGCGCCCAGCUGCACCAGAGAGGCGGCCCGGAGAACGAGCCCGCCCACCCCGCAGACGGGGCCCACCAGCACGCGGCAUACCAACGGGUAGAGUCCAAGUCGGGACCACCAGGCGGCAGCGCGCCCCGUGCGGGGGGGUGGCCCCCUCGCGCGGCGGGCGAGGGGUGGGUCGAAGAGGUGGUGGCGUUGCAGCGGCGCGCGGAGGUGGCGGAGCUGAGCCGCGACCUGGCGGCGCGGCAGGCGCAGGAGGCCAUCGAGCGCGCCGCCGUCCUGCGGCUGCAGCACCAGCAGACCGUUGCGCAGCUGCAGGAGGCGCACGCAGCCCGCCUGGCGGCGCUCGAGCAGCAGCAGGCCGGGGAGCGGACCGCAGGGGCCGACCUCGGGCUGCGCGAGCGGCUGGAGGCAGCGGAGGCGGCGCGCGGCGCGCUGCAGGAACAGGUGGCGCACCUGACCCGCCACCUCAAGAGCGGCCGGCAUGGUCCACCGGCGGCGCAGCUGGCGGCGUUGGAGGCACGGCUCCGUGCGAUGGAGGAGGCGGCCCAAGCGCGCGAGGCGCGGUGGCAGGCGGUGGUGGCGGACACGCAGCGCAUCCUGGCCGAGGAGGCGGACGCGGAGCGGCAGCAGUGGGCCGCGGCGUUCACAGCCAAGAACGCCGAGAUUGCGCGCUUCCGUGCGGAGCUGGACGACAUCCUCGGCAUGGCCGCACAGCUGCAGGGGCAGAGGGGGCCGGCACAGUAGGGCAACAAGGAGUGCGGGAUGGGGACAGGUCGUCAAAUGAGGGGGAUGAAUUCAGAUGUUUUGAGAUCGAUCUCUGAAGAUACAUGCAGGUGACUACAGGCGUGGGAGCGCUCGCGCACAUGGCAUUAUGCAGGUCUCUACCUUUUGGUAUGUUGUAAACAACUGGUUGCGAGUGGACGGAAGAUGCCACAGCCUAGCCAGCAGGAUCUUCAUAAUGUCUGCAUGGAGUGGUUCGUAUUACGACAAACCAGCAAUGGUGCUCGGGAAGAUCCAGUCUGCCGUAACAGGCAAAUGCAGAUAAAGCGGCCCGGCCGAAAAUGAUUACCGGUUGUUCAGAGAAAGUCGUCGGCAACUAACAACUUGCAUCGAGGUUCUGCUUGUGAACGCGCCAUUGGUAUAUAAGUCCCGUCCGAUAAACGUCUGAGGGAGGAACGGUGUGCCGGGCAACAACCUUAGUUAACCAUCCCUCGUGGAGCCCUAUUCCUUCUUAGGACGAACAUGGAUCGGAUGGUACGGCCUCAAACGGCUAUCAAUCCCUUUGUAUACGGUUUCUUGCUAAAAAGGUCGGACUCUAGAGAAAUCACUAUAGCUAGUUGAUAGUUACAUUUCAGAAUGGUCACCGAUAUGUGUACGGAUGAGUGUGCGCAAUCUCGAUUGGAUUUGCUCUGCAUGUGAGAGCU